GAAAUGAAACAUCAGUUCUUGUACCUCCUCUCUAUUCCAAUUCUCUCCAUUUUAUCUCUUGAUUUAUAACACGUUAUCAGCACGAAUUCGCUUUAACUAUACCAGCUGAAUUCUCUGAUGAAAACCAAACCACACCACAAAGCCCAACUUCAUUUCUUCAGCUCUCAUAUAUCUGUCAAGCAAUUUAGCAAACAGUUUGCGAGCAUAUCCAGGGCAACCGUUGAGCUUCAAUCUCACCCAGCAAUUCCAAACCUUUUAUCUAUCAGAAGCAAGUUGCCAAACAGGAAAAACGAAGAACCAAAUUUAAGCGCAAUAUCUGAUAUCAUCUCUGGCCUCACUUUUGCCAGCCUUGCAAUUCCUCAGGGCAUCAGUUAUGCAAAGCUUGCAAGUUUGCCUCCAAUUGUUGGGCUAUAUUCUGUGCUGGGGAGUUCUAGCCAUCUUGCUGUUGGCCCAGUUUCAAUAACAGUGCAAGAAAUCAGAACCAGCGAAACCCCAGAAACUGAGCCACGUGCUCCGAUCCAUCACAGUUGCCCAGCAAACCUCUCAGCCUGCUUUACAUGAAGGUCUGCAAUUCUCGCGUACCAAGCAAGUUAGCAACAACAUGGGCUGCAACCAAAAGUCCUGCUGUGGCUAAUCCUAGUUUGAAAGCUGCAUGGAAUUUGAGUGCUCUGCUCCGAGUCUCUGGAGAGAGGCCCUAUCUUCUUACUCGUCUCGCAUCCAAUCACUCAACAAACCCAAUUUGGUUUCUCUCGACGACUUUUACCGCAACGCGCUCCCUUCUCUCCUCCACCAAGGAAACCCUAGCCCCUUCAUCACCACCUCCGAGCUCUCUGACCUCAUGCGUUGGAAGCUCACACGUGGCAAAUGGCGGCCGAGGCUGUUGGAUUUCGUAUCGGCUUUGGACGAGGCCGUGGUGAAAUCGGCCUCCCAAAAGGCGUUUCAGGCUCUUCCUGAUAUCUCAAAGGCUAUCUCUGAGCUCACGGUGCUCAAAGGACUGGGUCCCGCCACCGCCUCUGCCGUUCUGGCAGCUUACGCUCCUGACGUGGCGCCCUUCAUGUCCGACGAGGCUAUGGUUGCAGCUCUUGGCAACUCCAAAGACUAUACACUCAAGCAGUACCUGUUAUUCGUAAAUAAGUUACAGGAGAAAGCGAAGGAACUGACUGCCGAAUGGGAGACCUUCACGCCAUCAGAUGUAGAGAGGGCUUUGUGGAGUGGUGCUGUAGGGGCCAAGCUGCCAUCUUCGCAAUCAGAUCCAGACCUCAAAACUGAUAAAACUUGUCUUGUGCAGCAGAGCUACUACGACGAUUCCAGCACGCACCCAAAGCCGAUGGAUCUCUUAGCUUUUUGGUUCUUGGAGAUUGGGGAAGAAGAGGAGCCUUCAAUCAAUCUCAAGUUGCUCUUCAGGUUCAUGUUCAUCAAUCAUGGAGCAGACAAACGCUUUCACGAGCACUAUGGUUUGUCUCAACUUUUCUAAUUACAUAUAUUAAUGUCAUAAUAUUAUAUUGUUUCCUAUUUCCUCUAGUUUUGACAGGAAUUACA